CCGUAAACUGAUAUCUAGGCAACACUAAUGGCUCACACUUUUACAUUAUCAUGAUUAUAUUUUUUAGUUAACAUAAAUAAUAUUGCAAACGAACUCAUUUAAAAUAGGUGGAUUUGAAUUAGACGUAAAUCCGAAAUCUGGUCGGGUAACUCUCACCACUAAGCGGAUUCAUAACAUGAUCACAUUUUAAUCAAAAGAUAAAAUGGAUAUGAAUGGAAAAAAUUUGUUUAGAAGUGAUCCUUUCCCAAUUUUAAUGUUCAACUAUACAAAGCCUUCUAUCUCAAAACAAUCUCAGCCCGUUAGCUGCUUAAAGUGUAAUAUAAUUUUCAGUUUUCCUUUAGGGAAAGAAGAUUAUUUGGGUCAUUUGUUCUUAUCCCACCGUUUGGUUAUAGCCGAUGUGGAAGAAAUAGCACUUUUAGAAGAAUACCUGGAGUUUUGGCAAAAGGAGUUCAAAUGUCACGAAUUCGAGGAAUAUUGUACUACCAUGUUAUUGGAUCAGCUACCAGAUGGCACAUAUUCAAAAAAUGAAAAAUAUUAUCUCUUAAGUGAUAUUCUUCCUAAGGAUCGUGAAUUAAGAGAUAAGUUGAAAGAAAAACAUUUGGAAAAGGUGUUGUCUCAACAUCAACACGAAUUGACAGAUCGGACUUUCCAACGAGAAUGUUUAUAUUGUCGCGAUGUCAUAUCAGGAUUGAGAUCAACCUACAUAGAACAUUUAUUUAGCAAGCACUUCCUUCAACUGGGCAAAUCUGAAAAUUUGGUGUUCAUAGAUGAGUUGGUAGCAAAGGUUGCUAAUAAUUUGGAAAAAUUGAUAUGUUUGUAUUGCGAGAAAAAGUUUAAAGAUCGAGCCACUCUCAAAGAACAUAUGCGCAAAAAAGGUCAUAAACGUAUUAAUCCUAACAACAGAUCAUACGAUAAAUACUUCCUAGAGAAUUAUCGGGUAAAUCAAGUGCAUGUCACGAAACAUUUAUCAUAUCCACAUAAAACGAGACAAAAGCCUGCUGAUAAGAAUCAACACAAAGAAGCGAUAUGUUCUUCGAAAAACAGUGAAUGUGUUAGCUUUAAGCAAAACCAAGCCAGUGAAGACAGUGAUUCAGAUUGGUCUGAUUGGAACGCAGAGUCUCUGCAAACCUUAACCUGCCUGUAUUGCAUCGAACAGUGCAAAGAUUUUAAUACGUUUAGACAUCAUUUGCUGGCAGACCAUAAUUUGGAUUUCGAUAGCUGUUUAAAAGGUUUAAACUUUUAUCAAAGAAUUAAGAUAGUUAACUAUGUUCGCCGGCAGACUUAUCAACACCGUUGUGUUACUUGCAAUAGAAGUUUUAAAAACAAUAAUGAACUAUUGCAACACUUGGAAAAGGAAGCACAUUAUGGUGUCGGUGAACGAAAGCAAUGGGAUAAGCCAGAAUAUUUUUUCCCCACUUAUGAAGAUGAUGGUUUACUUUGCAUAUUAGAUGAUAAUCCCAAUGAUGAUAUGGACGAGACUGUAGUAAGGAUUAUUUCCGAAGAAUCAAAGGCCGAAAUAAACAAAGAUGCUGAGAAAUUAUCUUUAGAGAAUUUCAAUUUUCUUUAG